CGCCCCCAGCGUCCGCUCAGGUGUGCGCGCUGGAGGACCGUUGCAGACAGAGCUACAGAUAGAGCUGAGGGGAACACGGUCAUGUCAGACAGCGGGAAUGUACAGUCGCAGGACGGAGGAGGAUCCCACGGCGAGGAGACGACGAGCCGGGUGCCAACACCAAAUGUGGGCAACAGAGUGACCGUGGUGCUCGGGGCUCAGUGGGGCGAUGAAGGGAAAGGGAAGGUGGUGGACCUGCUGGCCCAGGACGCUGACAUAGUCUGCAGAUGUCAGGGUGGCAACAAUGCAGGACACACAGUUGUGGUUGAUUCAGUUGAAUAUAAUUUUCAUCUUCUACCCAGUGGGAUUAUCAACCCCAAUGUCACCGCCUUUAUCGGCAACGGUGUAGUCAUUCAUCUGCCAGGCCUGUUUGAGGAGGCAGAGAAGAAUAUGUGCAGAGGAAAAGGUCUGGAGGGAUGGGAGAAGCGGCUGAUCAUCUCCGACCGGGCACACAUUGUGUUUGAUUUCCAUCAAGCUGUGGAUGGAGUCCAAGAACAGGAGAGAGAACAGCAAGCUGGCAAAAAUUUAGGAACAACUAAAAAGGGUAUUGGACCUGUUUACUCUGCAAAAGCUGCUCGCAGUGGCCUGAGGAUAUGUGACCUUCUGGCUGACUUCCAAGAAUUCUCUGAGAGGUUUAAAAACUUGGCCUCACAGUAUAAGUCUAUGUAUCCCUCACUUGAGAUUGAUGUGGAUGGAGAGCUGGAGAAACUCAGGUCAUAUGUUGAUAGGAUAAAGCCCAUGGUGAGAGAUGGAGUCUUUUUUAUGUACAAGGCACUUCAUGGACCUCCCCAAAAAAUUCUUGUGGAGGGUGCCAAUGCUGCCCUUUUAGACAUCGAUUUCGGGACGUAUCCUUUCGUAACCUCCUCAAACUGCACGGUCGGAGGGGUGUGUACGGGUCUGGGCAUGCCCCCCUGGAACGUUGGUGAGGUAUAUGGCGUUGUCAAGGCCUAUACCACAAGAGUCGGGAUCGGUGCUUUCCCAACAGAACAGAGCAAUGAUGUUGGAGAGCUUUUGCAGACAAGAGGCAAGGAAGUGGGCGUGACCACAGGUCGCAAAAGGAGAUGCGGUUGGUUGGAUCUGGUGCUUGUCAAAUAUGCCCACAUGAUUAAUGGCUUUACAGCUUUAGCUCUUACCAAACUAGACAUCUUGGACACGCUUCAAGAGAUCAAAGUUGGUGUGGAAUAUAAAGUAGAUGGUGAACCCAUCCCACAUUUUCCAGCAAACCAAGAGGUUUUACAAAAGGUUGACGUCCAAUAUGAGACUCUGCCCGGCUGGAAUACGGACACAUCUGCUGCCCGGACCUUCGAAGAGCUUCCAGAAAAUGCUAGAAAUUAUGUUCUCUACAUAGAGAAACGCUUGGGUGUGCCCGUAAAAUGGAUUGGUAUUGGGAAGUCCAGAGAAUCGAUGAUUCAACUCUUUUGAGAUGCUGCUCGACCUGCGUGUAGCACCGGCUGAUCCCUCUGGUUGGUGCUCUGGAUUCAUCAGGACCUUACAGUAUGUGUGCCGGGGACAUGAUGCCUCACAUUUCUCUUCUUCCACCUCACUACAGGUUCUCUGUGGCAAGAAGGUUGGAUGCUCCAUCAUUCUGUGUGCUUCAGAUAUCAUCUCGCAGCUCUUUGAAAGCCUAGAUACUUUUAGUUGGCAGCACUGAAAGGUCUCUCAUCUGUUCUGCAUUAUUUCUUCUCUAGUAUGGGCAUCUUGAGUUUUUAAGCUGUAUAUGUGCUACAAGAGUCAGGCGUCAGCAAUGAUGUAUAUUGUUGUUAAACUUUGUUAGAUAUCAGUUUUUCAAACGGGUUGAGUAAAAUAAUUACGUAUACAUGUUAUAUAUUUUUCUUUUAUCAUACAAGAAUCAACUGUUUUGCAAUGUGUACUACUGUACUACACUUUGUCCUUGUUUUAAUGGACUGUAUGAUUGAUUUGUUCAUGUAUAAAAGCGGUUUUUAAAAGAGGGUUUGAAUAUUUCUUUACCAUAAAAAUUAAUAGCUCGGCUUUUGGGAUUUUAAAUGAGAUGUUAAAUGCAAUACUAUAGUGUUAUUUUAUUUAUAAAAAAGCAGUUUAUCAAAUCAUUUUCAGAUUUUAAAUCACAAUAAAUACUAAUAUGAAUAAACUUGUUCAAUACAUGGAAGCAUGCAAGAUGUUUCCAUAGAGAAAUGUAAUAUUGUGCAUUUAUAUGAAUGUAUGGAUAAAGUUUCUAUUGUUCCCUAAUAA